AUGCCCAAUCCAACAUGGAUUCCAACAACCAAAUGGAAGGAAACGGGCAGCAGAGACAACCCCUAAUGAUGCCCCCUCUGCCUCCAUUUAUGAGGGGUCCUCCACCUGGCUGGAGAGGUCCGGGGCCGGACAUGAUGCCUCCCGGCAUGUCGGGACCGGGAGGGCCGAUGCGACAGGGAUUCCCGCAGUCACAGCAGCCCCCGCCGCGCUUUCAGCCCGGCAUGGCAAUGUCGCGGGCUACGUUUUCAGCACCGCCCACGAGCGCCGCUUCGGGAGCUCCCAACGCAGCUACGUCAAUGGCUGGGUUUACCAGCGGAGCAGCAGAACAGAUGAUGUCAUCUUCACAGCCCUCGUCACAAAUCAUACAGCAAGCUCAGCCGCAAACGGCGAAGACAGAAAAGAAAAGCUGGACCGAGCACAAAGCUCCUGACGGCCGCACUUAUUUCUAUAACAACCAGACGAAACAGUCGCUGUGGGAGAAACCAGAUGAUCUGAAGACCCCAGCAGAGCGUUUAUUGUCAAAGUGUCCCUGGAAGGAGCACAGAACCGACAGUGCUAAGGUCUACUAUCACAACGUUGAAACGAAAGAAUCAACCUGGACGAUUCCAAAAGAACUGGAAGAAAUAAAAUCAAAGGCAACACAGUUAGAGGCAGCACAUGACAAUACCUUGCAGCAGCAGCAGGAGAGGGCAGCACCGGCCGCGGGGAUGCCCAUGCCCAUGAUGCCUCAGUCGAUCCCGAUGCCGAUGUCGAUCGGGAUGCCUCCGGGGAUGCCCCCGGGCAUGCCGCCUCCGAUGAUGCCAGUCAUGAUGCCGCAACAGGCGGCGUCGGCGGACCCGUCGUCGGUGUCGUCUGCGAUGCAGGAGGCGAUGGCCGCCACGCUAGCUUCCAUCUCGCUGCCGGACGUACAGAAGACGCCGUCUAAACCCGGCACCCCCGCUGACGACGAGAGCUCCAGCGAGGAGGAGGAAGAGGAGGAGGAGGAUGAGAAGAAGCCGACUACGCAGAAGAAGCCAGUGACGUACGCGAACAAGCGAGAAGCCAUGGAGGCGUUUAAGGACCUGCUGAAGGAGAAGCCAUGGACAAGGAAGAUGCCCUCAUCUGCUUUGAGGACCACAUUAAGAUGAUAGAGAAGGAGGAGGAGGAGGAGCAGGAGGCGAUGCGGCGACGAGUCAAGCGGCAGCAGCGCAAGAACCGCGAGGCCUUCGUCGUGUUGCUGGAUGAGCUUCAUGAGGCUGGAAAACUGAACUCCAUGUCGCUCUGGAUGGAUCUCUACCCCAUCAUCUGCAACGAUCUCAGAUUCUCACAGAUGCUCGGCCAACCAGGAUCUACACCACUGGAUCUGUUCAAGUUCUACGUGGAAGACCUAAAGUCUCGCUUCCACGACGAGAAGAAAAUCAUCAAAGAGAUACUGAAGGACCACGACUUUGCCGUGGAGAUGAAGACGAGCUUUGAGGAUUUUGCGGACCUCAUCAGCAAGGACAAGCGAGCGUUGACCCUGGAUGCUGGCAACAUCAAGCUGACCUUCAACAGUCUGAUGGAGAAGGCAGAGGCGAGGGAGAAGGAGAGGCAGAAGGAGGAGCUGCGGAAGAUGCGCAAGUUCGAGGGAGCGUUCCGGACGAUGCUGAAGCAAGCUGACCCACCACUGGACGUCAGCUCGACGUGGGAAAACGUGCGUCAGAUGUUCGUAGACGAGGCGGCAUUCCUCCAGAUCACGGUUGAGUCGGAGCGCGUGCGAAUCUUCAAGGAGUACAUGCACAGCGUUGAGGAGCAGUGCAUGCACUAUCACGCCAAGCACAAGAAGAGCAAGAAGUCGAAGAAGCAUAAGAAGGACACGGGCGAUUAUUCUGACAGCGAUGAGUCGUCGCGGCACCGCGGCGGCGGCGGCGGAGGCAAGAAGAAGAAGCGUUCUCACUCACACUCCAGCUCUGACCACUCCGAGGAAGGCCUCUCCCGAGUCAGACAGGGACAGGGACAGGGACAGGGAACAUAGACGCAGCCGGAAGGAAGAUCGGGGAGGCAGGGAUGGCAAG